AUGGUGACUCUCCGUGAACUUCUUCAAAGACCAGGAAAGAGUCAUUUAAUGACUGUCCAUGUCAAAGGAGAUGAACAAGGUGAGAUUGAGCCACAAAAUUCUACCACAAAUUUAGAUCGGAGCUGGGCAAAAUUUGGGGAUUAUAUGCUGCAACUGGUCUUCAACUCAAGGUCAUCAUCAUAUCUUCUUCAGGUACUUGGAAUAAAGGAUCCCAAAACAAUACGCUAUUUGACUUUACCUGAUGCCAUGGGGGAAUACUUGUUUAAUACUUCCCUGUGUGCAAUAAAUCUGGUUGGUCCAAAUUCAAGAUCACAACUUUGUGAGUUGGAUGUUAACACUUACUCAUUUGUAAUGAGAUUAUCAACUGGUUGGAGUGUGUUCGCAGCCAUUAACGAAAUUGGAGUUGGAAAUCAACUGCAAUUCAACAUGUGUGAUAUGUACGACAACCAUUAUGGUUGGGUGGGGAAGUUGGUUUGA